AUGGAGGGUGUCUCUGACUCGUCUUCGCCUCCUUGUUCCUUUUCCCGCUGCUUGGGGGCCUCCUCGCUGUCUGUGGAAGCCUGUGCGCCGCCGACGCAGGCGGCGCGCAGCAAGCCCGUCAAUCUGCAGACUUCUGCCUCGUCCUGCCUCCCUGCCCACAAGUCCGUAGACCGCGUGGUGUUGAAUGUGGGCGGCAGGAUCCACGAAACCACGGCUGAGACGCUGCUGAGCAUUCCAGAGAGCUAUUUUUCGGGGCUGCUGUCGGAGGGAUGGCGCGCGGCGAAUAAGGCUUGCGGGCGAGACGACACGAUCUUCGUGGAUCGGAAUGGAGAUCGCUUCGCUUACGUCUUGGAUUUUCUGCGCGAUGGCGUUCUGCUGUGCCCGAGAGACAAACUGCUGCUUCAGGGCCUGCGCCUCGAAGCCAAGUUCUUCGCGCUAGAGCCCCUCCUCUCCGAAGUCGACAGGCUCCUUGAGCAAAUCGAACUCGAGCAGGCGGCGCGCGCUCUCCGCAAGAUGAGCGUUUCAGAGAGAUCCUGCGGAGGAGGCCAGGGCUCGAGUGCAGCUGAAGGUUCGACGUCAGGUUUUUCUCGCUUCUCGUCGCCCGCCAAGAGUCGGUGUAUUCCAGGAGACGGCGUAAGCGAGCCGGACUCGCCUCCAGUCGUUUCUGUCUUUGUCCCGCCGACGCCAGUCGUUCUUCCCAUGCACACAGCAUCUGUCUUCCGCGCGCCCAAAGAUUUCGUAAGCUCUCGCUGCGAUCUUGGCGGCCUCCACAGCGCCAUUCACAGUCUCCUGUCUCGCCAGCAGCCCCGGGGGCGUGUCGGCGCAGGGGCUCCCAGAGGACUCUAA